GAGGGAAAGAUUAGGGCUUGGACCACCGGAAAAAGGAUUAGAGGGUUACGGUUUCCUAUUCAUCGAGUGAUGGUGUCUCCUUUCCUUCGAUGCCUGCAGACUGCUGCUGAGGUUGUUGCUGCGCUUUGCGCCGUUGCUAAUGAUGAGGAGCUGAUGCUUUCUCUGGAUACGAGCAAGGAUGCCGUUAUCGACCCUUCACGAGUUAAGGUCCACAUAGAGCUUGGAUUAUGCGAAGUCAUGGGUUCACACGCAAUGAGGAUUAGUGAGCCAGCUAAAGAUGAGAUCUGGUUCCCUGCCAUUUCAGAACUUGAAUCUAUUUUUCCAGCCGGGACAUUAGAUUCUUCAGCAGAGCGUAUUUACCAACAGUUGCCUCAAUGGGAAGAGCCUGUGAGUUCAGCAAGAGAUAGAUAUAAGAACAUUAUUCAGGCCCUUGCUGACAAAUUUCCUAAUGAGAACCUGCUGCUGGUCACCCAUGGUGAAGCAGUUGGGGUUUCUGUUAAUUCAUUUGCCAAGGGUCUUGAAGUUUUCGAGGUGGAAUAUUGUGCACUUUCUUUUCUGCAAAGAAGUACUCAGGCUGAAAAUCUUAGGGUGUUAACAGAAAGUGCCCAGUCUGGUGUGUCAUAUUAUUCUGAAGCAGACAAGACACCAUAGGGUACCAGAUUCCCGAGUAGAGCUCAAGGAACUUUUCCCUUGCAUGAUUUAGUGAAUAAAAUGAUGAUGUUGUUCUUGUAAUAUAAGAAACGCAUUCCAUUCUGUUUAACAAGAUCCUGCUAUCUGUAACUUUUUGAAAGUCCGAAAGCUAUUUGGAGGACAUUUCUUCUGUAUCUUAUGAAUCAGAGUUUCUUUUGUAAUUAGAUGUAGUCUUAUUUGCUCUUCAGGAGCUAUCAUUGCAUCUGAACAAGAGACUUGUAUCCCAAAACUAUACUGUUGGUUACCAGAAUGCAAUUUGAUAUGUUGUUGAUAAGAUCUAUGACAAUGAGAUUAUGAGAUUUCUAUGCGUA